GUGGACAGCAGGCUCUACGCCCAGGACUGGCCUAACCUCCACUGCCCUGCAGCCACCCUUCCCAGAGUCCUUUGCCCAGGCCACCCCAGGCUUCUUGGCAGCCCUGCCGGGCCACUUGUCUUCAUGUCUGCCAGGGGGAGGUAGGGAGGAGGUGGGAGGAGGGCGUGCAGAGGCAGUCUGGGCUUGGCCAGAGCUCAGGGUGCUGAGCGUGUGACCAGCUGUGAGCAGAGGCCGGCCAUGGCCAGCCCGGGGCUGCUGCUCCUGCUCCUACUGACAGUACUGCCACCGCUGUGGUCCUCCUCACUGCCUGGGCUGGACACUGCUGAAAGUAAAGCCACCAUUGCAGACCUGAUCCUGUCUGCGCUGGAGAGAGCCACCGUCUUCCUAGAACAGAGGCUGCCUGAAAUCAACCUGGAUGGCAUGGUGGGGGUCCAAGUGCUGGAAGAGCAGCUAAAAAGUGUCCAGGAGAAGUGGGCCCAGGAGCCCCUGCUGCAGCCGCUGAGCCUGCGCGUGGGGAUGCUGGGGGAGAAGCUGGAGGCUGCCAUCCAGAGAUCCCUCCACUACCUCAAGCUGAGUGAUCCCAAGUACCUAAGAGAGUUCCAGCUGACCCUCCAGCCCGGGUUUUGGAAGCUCCCACAUGCCUGGAUCCACACUGAUGCCUCCUUGGUGUACCCCACGUUCGAGCCCCAGGACUCAUUCUCAGAGGAGAGAAGUGACGCGUGCCUGGUGCAGCUGCUGGGAACCGGGACGGACAGCAGCGAGCCCUGCGGCCUCUCAGACCUCUGCAGGAGCCUCAUGACCAAGCCCGGCUGCUCAGGCUACUGCCUGUCCCACCAACUGCUCUUCUUCCUCUGGGCCAGAAUGAGGGGAUGCACACAGGGACCAUUCCAACAGAGCCAGGACUACAUCAACCUCUUCUGCGCCAACAUGAUGGACUUGAACCGCAGAGCUGAGGCCAUCGGAUACGCCUACCCUACCCGGGACAUCUUCAUGGAAAACAUCAUGUUCUGUGGAAUGGGCGGCUUCUCCGACUUCUACAAGCUCCGGUGGCUGGAGGCCAUUCUCAGCUGGCAGAAACAGCAGGAAGGAUGCUUCGGGGAGCCUGAUGCUGAAGAUGAAGAAUUAUCUAAAGCUAUUCAAUAUCAGCAGCAUUUUUCGAGGAGAGUGAAGAGGCGAGAAAAACAAUUUUCAGAUGGCUGCUCCUCCCACAACACAGCCACAGCAGUGGCAGCCCUGGGUGGCUUCCUGUACAUCCUGGCAGAAUACCCCCCAGCAAACGGAGAGCCACACCCAUCCACACCGCCACCACCAAGCAGCCGCUGAGACGGAUGGUUCCACGCCUGCUGCCUGGAGGAGGAACAGACCCCUUUAGUCCUCAUCCCUUAGAUCCUGGAGGGCACGUAUCACAUCCUGGGAAGAAGGCAUCUGGAGGAUAAGUAAAGCCACCCCGACACCCCAUCUUGGAAGCCCUGAGUAGGCAGGGCCAGGGUAGGUGGGGGCCGGGAGGGACCCAGGUGUGAACGGAUGAAUAAAGUUCAACUGCAACUGA